AUCUAAAAUCUCUGAUCCCAAAACCAUGACUAUUCUUGCAUCACAGCCACUUCCUGGCUUAAUAAGAGCCGAAGACGUCCUUCCUACAAUGACAAAUAUUGUAGCGAGAUACCGGGCCGCUCUUGAUACCGUCGCUAGGGACGUGGACCCCACAACAGCUUGCUUUGCCAAUACUGUCCAACCUCUGAUUGAAGUCGAGAACGAAAUGCAAGGGAAACUAGCUAUGGUUGCUAUGUUGCGAUACGCUUCUCCUGAGAAAGCCGCCAGAGAAGCUUCCGAGGAAGCCUUGCAAUUAUUCUCUGAGGCCGAGUCAAACUUCGUAGCUAGGGAGGAUCUCUACCUGCUUGUCAAGGCAGUUAGAGAUAAGGCCGAGCCACUGGACUUUGAGUCCCAGAAAUACUUAGACGAGCUUCUGAAAGACUACACGAGAUGUGGACAUGGCUUGCUGCGGGUCGAGGAUAUCGAGCAAUAUCUAAACUCGAGAAACACGAUCGAUAUGUUGCGGCGGAAUUUCAUCAGAAACCUUACGGACAACGUCGGAGGCAUAUGGCUUACCGAAUCAGACCUCGAAGGAGUUCAUGAUGCUGACAUGCUUCGCUUCCAUAGAAAGUCCGAGAGGCCUGCAAAUGAUUACUUUAUCCCCUUCACAAAGCACGACGUGGCUACGGUUUUGAAGUACGCUAAAAUUCCGGCCACUAGAAAGCGUCUCUAUACCGCUAAUGACAAGAAAGCGGAGGAGAAUGUUAGCAUCUUUAAGGAUGUGAUUCUGCGUCGUGAUAACAAUGCUCGUAUGCUAGGCUAUCCUAGCCAUGCUGCAUUCAGGCUGGAGAAGCGAGUGGCCAAGACUACCGCCUGGGUGCACCAUUUCUUGGAUAAUCUACAGGAUAUCCUCCUUCCAAAAGGAAGGAAGGAGAUGGAGUUCCUACUGAAACGAAAGAGAAAUUACCUCCGCCACUCGAAAUAUCCAGACGAGCACCCUGAUAUUAUGCCUCCAUGGGACUUCAAGUUCUACAUCCGCCUGGCCGAAGAAGAGUUGGACGUCCAGCAUAAGAAAAUUGCAGAAUACUUCCCACUUCAAACUGUCAUCGCCUCUAUGCUAAGACUCUUUGCCCAUUGCCUUCGGCUACGGUUUGAGAGUGUCGCGCCGGAACACUUGGCGCAUUCAAGUUGGCACGAAGAUGUCGAGGCAUGGUCGGUAUGGGAUGAGAGUUCAGAUGCCAGAGGCUCGUUUAUCGGCCAUCUCUACGCCGACCUACUCUCUAGGCCGAAUAAAUAUCGCGGCUCACAGGACGUUAACAUCCAGUGUUCAUAUAUCCAAGGUGAUGGUAACCGGGUAUACCCUACUACGUUACUAAUGUGUAGUUUUCCUCGCCCUACGGCAACUGCCUGCGCAUUACUAGAGCACAAAGACGUGGUCUCUCUCUUCCACGAGCUUGGGCACGGAAUGCAUGAUUUACUGGCAAGGACAAAAUAUACCCGUUUCCACGGAUGGCGAGCUCCUCCUGAUUUUGCUGAAGCUCCUAGCGUAAUGCUAGAGAAUUGGUGCUGGAUAAAGGAUGAGCUUAGACAAAUGAGCUGCCACUACACUAGCCUGGACUCCAAGUUGUUAGAGGACUGGCAGUUACGCCACCCAGGACUACCAGUUCCCCCAACUCAGAUUCCGGACGAACUGCUAGACCCCCUUGUUGAAAGCCGCAAUCACAAUAGGGCUCUAUGGCUACUAAGUCAACUGGCUGUGUCUCGCUUUGAUAUGGAGGUACAUGAUCUACCUAGUCACGAAGCCUGUGAGGCAAUGGACCCGACGACGCUCUUUAACCAGGUCGACGAGAAGUUAACCCUCCAGCCAAUCCCGGACAGGGAGGAUCGAGGGCACCCUCACGUGCACUUCGGCCAUCUCCUUUCUGGGUACGAUGCAGGCUAUUACUCUUAUCUUAGUGCCCAAGUCUUCGCCGCAGACUUGUUCGAAUCGACUUUUGCUGCUAACCCACGGUGCCAGUUAGCCUGGGAAAGAUAUCGUAGAGGGGUGCUCGAGUACGGCGGUAGCCGGGAUGAGCUGCAGAUGCUGCAUGAGUUCCUCGGCCGGCCGCCUAAUCCGUAUGCAUUGCUCCGAAGCCUGUUGCCGAGCAAAGUGGGGUAGUAAAAUACGCC